GCAGAAAUGAGUAGGGAUCUUAAAUGCGCUAACAUCCGUAGCCAGUUCAAUCCGCUUACUUAUGAAGAUAGGAAGACUUUGGCUUUGCCACCCAGCGAUGAGGAGAUGAAUUUGCUCAUGACAUAUCGUGAAGCUAAGAUUGAAACGAACAUAUACAAAGAUCGGGGUCUUAAAAUAGAUAUGGUGCUAGAGAUAGACGAUGACUUGGAUUAA